AUGGCUUCUCAAGGAAAGAAACUCAUUAACGACCCCAACGAUGUAGUAACUGAGUUCAUUGAGGGUCUUGUGGAAACCUACCCUGGAUUACAGUACCUGGACGGCUUUCCAGAGGUCAAGGUUGUUUUACGUGCUGAUUAUGCCAGUGCAAUGCUUGACAAAGUUGCGAUUAUAUCAGGUUUGUGGUGCUGGAAAUUAUUUGGAUAUAACUAUACUGGUGAUCGUCUAAAUUUUGGUUUGGCUGCUGAGCAAGCAAAAUCUGAAGGUUAUAAAGUAGAGACUGUAAUUGUUGGAGAUGAUUGUGCUUUACCUCCACCACGAGGCAUAGUUGGGCGAAGAGGGUUGGCAGGGACUAUUCUUGUUCAUAAGGUUGCUGGGGCCGCAGCUGCUGCUGGUCUUUCUCUUGAUGAAGUUGCUGCAGAAGCAAAAUGUGCAUCUGAAAUGGUUGGAACAAUGGGUGUUGCAUUGUCAGUUUGUACGCUGCCUGGUCAGGUUACAUCAGAUCGUUUGGGCCCAGGAAAGAUGGAACUUGGUCUUGGAAUUCAUGGUGAACCUGGUGCUGCUGUGGCGGACCUUCAGCCUGUGGAAGUGGUAGUUUCUCAUGUUCUUCAGCAAAUUUUAUCACCGGAGACUAACUAUGUUCCAAUUACUCGGGGUAAUAGAGUGGUACUCUUGGUCAAUGGCAGACUAGGUGCCACCCCUGCAAUGGAGCUAAUGAUUGCAGCAGGAAAAGCAGUUCCAAAGUUGCAGCUGGAACAUGGAUUGGCUGUCGAUAGAGUGUAUACCGGAUCUUUUAUGACGUCCCUUGAUAUGGCAGGAUUUUCAAUUUCCAUAAUGAAGGCAGAUGAUGCAAUUUUGCAACGUUUGGAUGCUGCUACAAAGGCUCCACACUGGCCAGUUGGAGUAGAUGGCAAUCGCCCACCUGCCAAGAUACCUGUUCCACUGCCACCGUCUCAUUCAGCAAAGAGUGAUGAGUCAUUAAGUCGGCCACAACAGCUUAGUGAACAAGGACAUCUUCUUGAGGUGGCUAUUGAAGCAGCAGUGAAUGCGAUCAUAGAUCUUAAGGACAAAUUAAAUGAAUGGGAUGGCAUAGUAGGUGAUGGCGACUGUGGAUCAACAAUGUAUAGGGGUGCCACAGCAAUUCUGGAGGACAUGAAGAAGCAUUAUCCCUUGAAUGAUGCUGCAGAAACAGUGAAUGAAAUUGGAUCAUCUAUCAGAAGAGUUAUGGGAGGAACCAGUGGGAUUAUACAUGAAAAUCUUGAUUCUUACCACUCUCUUGAAUCAGGGGCUAAAGCACUUGAAGCUUCCAUUGCUGCAGUCAGUAAAUAUGGUGGGGCUAGUGCUGGAUUUCGCACAUUGUUAGAUGCCCUUAUUCCAGCUUCAGAUGUUCUUCAGGAGAGGCUAAAUGCUGGGGAUGAUCCUUGCACUGCUUUUCUUCUCUCGUCUGAAGCAGCAGUGGCUGGAGCCGAAUCGACCAAACAUAUGCAGGCACAGGCCGGUCGCUCAGCAUAUAUCUCCUCAGACAUUCUUGCUACAGUGCCAGACCCUGGGGCUAUGGCUGCAGCUUCAUGGUAUAGAGCAGCAGCCUUGGCCAUCAAGAACAAAUGCCAGAUUCAUGAGUAG